AUGCGUUUCGGGAAAAAGCUCCGCAACUCCAUCUACCCGAAGUGGAAGGACCAGUACAUCGACUACGCGAAGCUCAAGAACCUACUGCGCGAGGACGAGGAGGAGGACUCGCGCUGGACGGAGGAGGACGAGAGUCGAUUCAGCGACGAGAUCCUGACGGUUCAGCUCGAGAAGGUCGCUGCCUUUCAGCAGGAGACGUUCAAGGGCCUCGAGCAGCGUACCAAUGCCGCGGCCGACAAGCUGAAGGAGCUGGCGCCAGAGGAUGCCAGUGGCAGUGGUAGUGGCAGGGGGAGUAGGAGCGGCAACGGCAAGGCGAAGGGUGACACUUUGACGGGCAGGUUCAAGGCGAUCGAGGCCGAGCUGGACGAUAUCAUCAACGAGACGAAGGAGCUGAAGAAGUAUAGCAGCAUCAACUACACGGGCUUCCUGAAGAUCGUCAAGAAACAUGAUCGGAAGCGGGGGAGCAAUUACAAGAUCCGCCCGAUCAUGCUGAUGAGUCUUUCGAGCCGGCCGUUCAAUUCGGAGAGCGGGUACUCGCCGCUGUUGAAUAAGCUGUCGAUUAUGUAUUACGCGGUUCGUCAGCAGCUGGACGAGACGGAGGCGCCGCCGGGGACGUCGAUUCCGGAUGCGCAAUCGCAGAUUCAAAAUGGAGAGAGGUAUACUGCAUACAAGUUCUGGGUACACCCCGAUAACCUGUUAGAGGUCAAGACUUUCAUCCUUCGUCGGCUGCCCGUUCUGGUCUACAGUGAACAGUCCUCCAAGGACAAUGAAAGCCGAGGCGAUCCCACGCUCAAUUCCCUCUACUUCGACAAUCCAGAAUUUUCGAUCUACAACCAGAAAGUCGAUCGUCAGGUUGACGUGCCGUCGCUUCGAAUCCGUUGGUUUGGACAAUUCAAGUCCGGCCCCGAGUUCAUCAUUGAGAAGAAGUUGAUACAUGAGAAUGGAACUAGCGAGGAGCAGAAGUUUACGAUCAAGGAGAAAUACAUCCAGCCUUUCAUCAAGGGCGAGUACAAGAUGGAGAAGACCAUCCAGAAGAUGGAGCGUCAGGGUCAGCCGGAAGCCCGGGUGGAGGAGUUCAAGAGUACUGUUGCGGAUAUCCAGAAGUUUAUUCUGGAGAAGGAGCUGCAACCAGUCCUACGAGCGAACUAUACCCGCACUGCGUUCCAGAAACCAUUGGAUGACCGUGUCAGGAUCUCCAUCGAUACUUCGGUGGCUUUCAUCAGAGAGGAUGCCAUCGAUCCGGACAGGCCUUGCAGGAACCCUGAUAGCUGGCACAGACUAGACAUCGACGAGGGAGCGAUGGUCUACCCAUUCGCGAAUGUGAACAAGGGCGAGAUCUCCAGAUUCCCUUACUCGAUUCUCGAGAUCAAGGUCAAAGAUGAGGUUUCCAAGAAACACCCUCAAUGGGUUGAAGAUUUGAUGGCAUCUCAUCUUGUCCACAAGGCACCUCGAUUCUCAAAGUUCGUUCACGGGGUUGCGUCGCUCUUCGAAGACAAUGUCAACAACCUUCCAUUUUGGCUCGGUGAGCUCGAAAUCGACAUUCGCAAGGAUCCACAAGCUGCCUUUGAUGAAGAGGAAGAGAGAAAGGCGAAGCAGGCUGAAACCGAACAAGCUGUCGGCAGUCUGCUUGGAGCCUCAGUUGGUAAGAGUUACCGCGCUCCGGUCAGCUCGCCGCUUGGAAAAUCCUACAUGCAGGAGCGCAUGGCAGCCGAGGAACGUUCUGGCAAGGCUAGUGGCCGGAACGGACGGGGCAAGUCAAGUACAGAAGACAUUGAUGAAGGCAACGGGGAUGAUGAGGGAGAUUCAAGCAACCAACGUAGUUACGGAACCAUGAGCUCGCUCUUCCCAUCGGCGAGAUCCUUCACGAAAUACGCUCAAGCUCGCAAACAACAAAAUGUCGUCCUGCCGCCCGGUGUCACGAAACCUACGCUUCUCAUCAAAGAUUCUGGUCCGCUCCAGGUAGAGCCCAAGGUUUGGCUCGCCAACGAGAGAACUUUCCUCAAAUGGCAACAUAUUUGCGUGCUCCUUGGUGUCCUUGCUGUCUCCUUGUACAACAGUGCUGGUGAAAGUGGGAUUGCCAAGGCCUUUGGCAUUGUCUUCUUGUUCAUCUCUAUUUUCACGGGCGUCUGGGGCACGGUGCAGCACCGGAUUCGGAGGAAUAUGAUAGUAGAGAGGAGUGGCAAGGAUUUCGAUAACAUGGUUGGGCCGAUUAUCGUCAGUGUCGCUCUGAUGGUUUCGCUGAUAUUGAAUGCGUGGCUCCAGUUUGGUGCUGCGAUGAAGAAAAUGGAGGACCCGGUGCGUGGCAACGUUACUGCUACUGCGGGCGGAGCACAUGAUGUAAAAAUUGAGCUGAUACUCAAAGUGGAUGCUCGGGAGCCAACUAUGAACCAUGUGCGGAUCUGCUCUUGGCGCAAGGCUGCUGUCCCAGCUCCCCUCCAUCUCGCAAGCCCCUCACGAAGCUUCAAGAUGGAGACUGAACAGCUCGAACAGCUCGAACAGCUCGAACAGCUCCAAAACGGCAGAGAGAAACAGCGAGACCGAGACAAACACAGAGAGCGGAAAUCUCACCGUGAACGUGAGAGUACAGGACACUCUUCUCGACGUAAAACCCGCCCACGCAACUCGCACAAUCUACAGACCAGGUCCUCGCCCUCGCGCCGGGCGUCCAACGCGUCUAUUCCCGCGCGCGCAACCCUGAGCCCAAAUCUCUUGACGGUAUGGCCACCGAAGGGAUACUCGCGGCACGAGUCGCUGUCGCAGGGACGCGCGAUGGAACACAUUGCCUCGGGCGUCCCGGUGUUCAAGGGCAUUAGGAAGUCGAUCCCGCAUGCCACAGAGGAAUACUACCAGCUGUACGCGACGUGUAAGGGCAACGGCGGGGUCGACACGGAUCGCGGGGAGGUGUACACGGGUGCUUUCGCGGCGUGCUCGAUGAGCCUGCUAAAUUUCGGAGGACAGCCGCCGAGGUACCCGUGGGAGACGCUAGAGCAGCCCAGCAUGGCAUUCUGCUAUGGGGUGCAGCCGGGUACCGUGACGCUGAAUCAUUGGGUGUCGCUGAGCGGGCGGUUGAAUCCUAGUAUUGAGCUUCGGGAUCCCGGGAUCGUGCCGAGGGACGUGGACUUGUCUACUGUGCUCGACCGGUUGAUCUUCCUCGAGAAGGGAUUCGAGGAGGAGUACGAGGAUCUCAUGUACAAGAAUCUCUAUCGCAACCUUCUGAAGGAUCCGGACCGCUUGUUCAACCCGCACAAGGCGAUGGAGAAGCAGAUCUCGGACCUGAUCAUGGUGCUGUCACGCAAGCAGUGGGUUGACUUCAGCAGGCCCGAGAACCAGGUUGUGGCCAAGUUCUUUGCGAAUGCUUACUACACAGACCAGGGGCGGUAUAAGUUGUUCUUCCAUCAGCUGUUGCUGAGCAUGGAGCUGUUCUUGAGGAUCCAUUCGAAGCAGCAUGCUGACUACGCGAAGGAGAAGCUGUUGGCGCAGUUGCCGCCGUGUAUCCAGUGGGAUCUUGCGCUGGCGAUGAAAUGGAGGGAGUGUAUGAGCAUAAGGAAGUUUGAAUCGGGUGGGAAUCCGGAGACGAGUAAGCUUCACUUCCUAGAUAUCUUCAAUGAUGUUUUUGGGCUAGUACUGAUAGGACUCGCAGUCAAGUUUCAUCUCCACAAGAAGAAAGCCCAAGUCAAAGCUUUGCGAAAAUUCGCCAGAGUUAUGAAGUGGCCCAAUCUAGCAAGGGUAGAUGAGGUUCUCAAAGAUCGAGACGUAGAUGCUACUCCCUUGGAAGACCGCUCAUCAGAUGCCAUGUCCUACUUCACUGGCAUGAUCCUGCCCGGUGCUACACUACCCUGGCUGAUAAUGAACUCCCUCAUUGACUGCGACAGCGAGACAGGCGGUAACGCUCUAGCAGCUCUAUCACACCUGCAUCCUCACAGCGGCUUUCAAUACCGCGGUCAAACCUACUGGUCGGCUACCUCAAUAGUCGGCAAAGUCCUCGCUCCCACAUGCCGAGAGGUAGCGGGAUGGAUCGGUCCGUCCCGCCCAGCUCCAGAUCUCUCACGCAUCCAAAUCGCACGCAUAAGACAGCGAAGGCCGAAACAACGGCUCACCGUCAGCGAUACCGGCAGCAUGACCGAACGCUCUGACUGCCUCGGUCCCCCGUCCGACAGAUACCCCGUGUCUGAAUAUCAGCUCCUGCUCCCGGAUAACGACCCCGACUCCCUCGUAAACACGAUCCGCAUCGAGAAACUCGCGCUUAAACCCGUGCCCUCUGCUUCGACUGGCGUCUCGCCGUCGCGGUCGCGGUCCUCCAGCCAGGGCAAGGACGACGGAAAGCCGCUCACCUACGACGCCGCGGUCCAGUUUGCUAUUGGCGGGAGGUCGUGGCCGCUUCGCCUCUCCUACGACGUCUCGUUCAUCUUUGCGUAUCCCUGUGAACGCGGUCCGCACCCUCUCUUUUUCGACUACGUGUACAAAGCGGUCAAGAUUGACGAGCUGCUCACCGUCAUGAACUGGGGCGGCUUGAAUAUGAACAUCAAUCCGGGCAGCAAAUACAGCAGUCUAUCUAGAGCAGUUGCCGGGGCCGGGGCCGGGAGCGGCAGCCCAGGUGGAGAUGGCGAGGACGAUGACGAGGAGAAGGUGCUCGUGGUGGAGGCGUUCGGGGUUACUGAUAACGAGGUGCUGGCACGGGCUUGGUGCAGCCAUUGGGGGCUUAGUGCUGUGGUUGCUGAUGUGGAGAAGAGCUGUAUGGCGUGCGCGAUUCGCGAGGCGUAUGCGGCCUGCUUGAACGUUGUGAUUCUCGUUGAUGAGGCGAGUACUCGUGAUGGCGAUUCUUGA